GUAUGUUCGAUUUUGAUCGGACAUGGACAUGAGGAGAAACAAAACACAAAGAGAAGUGAAAGAUAAGCAAAGGGAUAGGAUAGGUGUUAGGACGUAGGAACAAGGUAUAGUUGUAGUUGAGUAGUUCAGUUGUGGAAGUAUAAUUGGCAACCACCAUUCCACAAUUCACCAUGAUUCCUUCUUCCAUCUCCAUUUCCAGUGGUUGUCACACAACAGCAACAACAACAACAACAACAAUUGGCUGGAAAUCUUCCACUUUUUUUGAUUUACUUCCGAAUUCCAAGUAUAAUAAGCACAAUCGCUGUCUCAAUCUCAACAAAUUCCCUCAAGCUUCCGCUCCUUCCUCCGCUAAUGAUCCACUCUUGGUUACGGCUGCAAAAGGACAUCCUGUCAGUCGCCCUCCAGCAUGGAUGAUGCGCCAAGCAGGAAGGUAUAUGGCUGUUUACAGAAAGCUUGCAGAGAAAUACCCAUCAUUUAGAGAGAGAUCAGAGACCACUGAUCUCAUUGUGGAAAUUUCUUUGCAGCCUUGGAAAGCGUUUCGCCCUGAUGGGGUUAUUAUUUUUUCUGACAUACUCACCCCUCUUCCUGCUUUUGGGGUUCCUUUUGACAUAGAAGAAGUCAGAGGUCCUGUAAUCCAUUCUCCUAUUCGCGACGAAAAUGCCUUGAAAGCAUUGCAUAAAAUUGACUUAGAGAAGCUUAAUUUUGUUGGCAAGUCUCUUAAAAUUUUGCGCCAUGAGGUUGGAGAUAAGGCUGCAGUUCUGGGUUUUGUGGGUGCUCCUUGGACUAUUGCCACAUAUAUAGUUGAAGGGGGUACUACUCGCACGUACACUGUCAUUAAGAGCAUGUGCCAUACUGCGCCUCAUGUUCUCGAGACACUUUUGUCACACCUGACUGAGGCGAUUACUGAUUACAUAGUUUACCAAGUUGAAUCCGGAGCUCAUUGUAUUCAAAUAUUCGAUUCUUGGGGUGGACAACUUCCACCUGAUAUGUGGGAACGUUGGUCGAAACCUUAUAUUAAGCAGGCAAUAGAUGCUGUGAGGAAAAAAUGCCCCGGAACACCACUUGUUCUCUACAUCAACGGAAAUGGCGGCCUUCUCGAAAGGAUGAAAGGAACUGGGGUUGAUGUUAUUGGGCUGGAUUGGACAGUCGAUAUGGCUGAUGGGAGGUCGCGUUUGGGUCCGGAAUUCAGCGUGCAGGGAAAUGUUGACCCUGCAUGUUUAUUUUCGUCCCUUGAUGCCUUAACGGAUGAAAUCCAUAGAGUUGUGAGAUGUGCAGGGCCAAGGGGUCAUAUCUUGAAUCUCGGACAUGGUGUUCUCGUGGGAACACCAGAAGAAGCUGUUGCCCACUUUUUUGAUGUUGCCAAAAGCUUUAAUUUUGAUGAUUUCUUCCCGGAAGUUACAGAUGAGUCUAAACUACUGGUUUGAGUGUAACAUUUAUUCAGAAUAGUUGGAAAUUUGUGUUAGGAGUCAUUUGUUUUAUAGAGCUGUAUGUUACUGUGAUGAAAUUUUCAGGCUGCAUAUUCCAAAAUUUGACCAAGUUUUGAUAAACGUAAGUUGUAACUCUGAUGAAAUGUAUUGCAUGUGUAGUUCGUGCUU